AUCUAGACCGGCGAGAUGGUGGGGAGAUCUGUUCACCUCUUUAAGACACAGGAGGGCACCUCUCGUCUUCCGCUUUCCUACACCCCAGAGUCGCGGACUUCCGUCUCCCCAUUCAGCGCUCGGCGGCCGUAGAGGCGGGCGCGGCUCGGGAUUGGCUGCCGUCGGCCGACCCCCUUCACUGUCGCCCAUUCGCGGUCGGCGGCAGGCGCCUGCGCAAUGGGCCGGCCCUGGGGGGCGGGAAGCGCUUAGGGGCAGAGGAGCCCAUGUCGGCCUUGAGGCGCUCGGGCUACGGCCCCAGUGACGGCCCCUCUUACGGCCGCUAUUAUGGGCCUGGUGGUGGAGAUGUGCCGGUGCACCCACCUCCGCCCUUAUAUUCUACUCGCCCAGAACCUCCCCAGCCGCCCAUUUCCUGGCGGGUGCGCGGGGGCGGCCCUGCCGAGACCGCCUGGCCGGGGGAAGGCGGAGGAGGUGAUGGUUACUACAGCUCUGGAGGCGCGUGGUCCGAACCGGCCCGAGCUGGAGGAGCCCACCAGAGUUUGAAUUCUUAUACAAAUGGAGCGUAUGGUCCACAAUACCCCACUGGCCCUGGGGCUAGUACUGCAUCAUAUUCUGGGGCUUAUUACACACCUGGAUAUACUCAGACCAAUUACUCCACAGAGGUUCCAAGCACUUACUGUUCACCCGGCAACAGCCCAACACCAGUCUCUCGUUGGAUGUAUUCUCAACAGGACUGCCAAGCAGAAGCACCCCCUCUAAGGGGGCAGGUUCCAGGAUAUCCUCCUGCUUCACAGAACCCUGGAAUGACCCUGCCUCCUUAUCCUUAUGGAGAUGGUAAUCGUAGUGUUCCACAACCAGGGCCAAGUGUACGACCACAGGAGGACUCAUGGGCUUCUCCUGGUACUUAUGGAAUGGGAACUCGUUAUCCUUGGCCUUCUGCUGCGCCAGCAGCACCACCUGGGAAUCUCUACAUAAGUGAAAAUACUUCACCAUGGCCUAGCAGUGGAUCUCCUCAACCCCCUCCUUCAACUCCACCCCAGCAGCCCAAGGAUUCCUCAUACCCCUAUAGCCAAUCAGAUCAAGUUAUGAACCGGCACAACUUUCCAUGCAGUGUCCAUCAGUAUGAGCCCUCGGGGACAGUGAACAAUGAUAAUUCAGAUCUUUUGGAUUCCCAAGUCCAAUAUAGUGCUGAGCCCCAGCUGUAUGAUAAUGCCACCAAUGAACAUCCCAGCAAUCAAGAUCAAAGUAAUAAUCUUCCUGAAGAGUGUUUAUCAUCUUCAGAUGAAGGUACGCCCCCAAGUAUUAAAAAAAUCAUACAUGUUCUGGAGAAGGUCCAAUAUCUUGAGCAAGAAGUAGAAGAGUUCAUAGGAAAAAAGACAGACAAAGCGUACUGGCUUCUGGAAGAAAUGCUAACCAAGGAACUUUUGGAACUGGAUUCAGUUGAAACUGGGGGCCAGGACUCUGUCCGGCAGGCCAGGAAAGAGGCUGUUUGUAAAAUCCAGGCCAUACUGGAAAAAUUGGAAAAAAAGGGAUUAUAAAAGGAUUUAGAAUAAAGGGGAAGCCUGUUAUUAACUUGACCAAAGAACUCUUGGUUUUGGUUAAUCACCCUCAUUUUGAAACUCCUGUUGAUAUAAGAAGCAAUACACGCCAACUUGGAUUUAAAACUUGAAAAACUGGUAAAGGACUUGAAAAACUGGUAUAGGACUUGGAAGAACACUUUAGUUAUGUUGUUUUCAGACCAAUGAAUGUAAUAGGAAGCUAUGGAGUUAUCAAUAUUGCCAAGUAGACUUACUCCUUAAGAAAUUUAUGGAUAUUUAUAAACUGCUUCUUAUCAGCAGGAGGGAAAUAUACUUUAUGUAACAGGCUUGUCAGAAUCCUAACAGAUGAGACUGGAUAAUCUGAGACAAACAGGCUCUGUUUUUUAAAACAUCUUAUUUAAAAAAAUCUUGUCACAUUUUUGUAAGUUGUGACUGCUUUCAGCAUAUACUUUAUGUGUAAAUUACAAUUUGGACGUUUGCCUUCUGGGAUCUUUGUUUUGUUUUGUUAUUUGCAGUUCACAAAUAUAGUAUUCUCUACUUCUUGGUACAUUUUGUAGUAAUAUGUUUAAUAUAAUUAUUCAAGAGACUAUAUUGACAGCCAGAUAGUUUGGCAAUUCUGAAUGAAUUUGUAUCUUUUCAUCACUUGAAUAUAUUGCAGUGUGUAGUGAGUUCCUGAAGUAAAUUGUCUCCUUUUUUGUAUAGAUCAUUAGGCUAGCGUUUUGCCCCUUUGCUUUUCAUGUUACUAGUGGAAGGUGAAUUUGGAAAUGGCAUUGGCAUAGGAAUGAAAAUGUUGCUUUUUUAUUUUAUUUGGAUAAAGAUUCACUUAUAAAAUUCCUUUUUCUUUCUUUUACAAAAUAUAACUAUCUUUUCACUACUGCUGCUUCCAUACAGAGCAUUGUGAUAAAUACAGAUAAAAAAUUAAAUGCCACAGUGAGUGGAAAUAAUAGCUAUUUAUUAUUGCAAAAGUAAUAAAUUAUGACUAUCUGCAAAUGUUAUUACCUAUCUAAAAUAUUAAUUUCACCACCAAGAUUCCUAUGAGCAAAUUUCAACUUAGUUUAUAGUCAGAAAUGAGGGUAAAAGAGGAUUCAUGCUCAGGGAAUGAAUCAGCCAUAGCUAGAGUGGGAAAUUAUUUUCUUCUUUUAAGGUAGAUUUGGUGUUUGUCUUUAUUUCCCUAGAUUAAAUUACAUGGACAAUAUUGCCUGUUUUAUUUUUAAAAGAUGAUUAUUACCAUUAAUAAUGUUUUAGAGCCAGAUUUAAGGAAGGGAUACUCUAAGGGCUUUCGCUGGGUUCACUUGGUUAGCUCUAUGCUGUCAUGUAGAAAAGGCUUAGGUAAGUAACUUAGUUUUCACAUCUGAAGUGAAUUCUAUACAAUAUCUGUUACUGGAAAGACAUCUCUUAAGAUGUCAAAGUGAUAACAUUUUUUUCUAGACUUCCAGGUCUAUUAGUGAUAAUGAAUCUAUCAGUCUUUUCCACUCCUUGUACACAAAAUAAAACAUAUAUAAUGAGAAGAAAGAAAGUAAAAAUAUUGGCUAGGUCUUAUAGUUGGGAUGAAUGAUUUUUAUGAGAUAAGGUGGUGAUAAUUUUAUUCUAGGAUUUUUAUUUUUGGCCUAAUAAAGGAAUGUUAAAAAUUUUUCUAUGAAAAUUUAAAAUUAUACUCGGAACUAAAAAUUUAGAGGAAAGAGAACCUUACAGCUAUUAUAAACCAGUAAGACAAUGAUUAAGACAGGAGGGAACAUUGCUAUUUAACUGAGUGCCCAUGAAGUCUUGAUUUAUAUGUAUAAUUAUACAUAUUAUGUACAUAUAUACAUAUGCGUGUGCUUUUUAACAUUUAUUUUUUUAAUUUUUAGAUAAUUUUAGACUUACUGAAGAUUGUAAAAAAUAGUCAUUUCUGUAGUUGCUUCACCCAACUUCUUGUUAACAUCUUACAUAACCAUAGAACAUUUGUGAAAUUAAGAAGUUAUCCUUGAUACAACACUAUUUAUCCAAAGUAGGGAGUUUAUAAAAAGUAGAGAUUUUCUUAGUCUUUUCAACAUUCCAGAAUUCAACCUUGCACUUAACUGUCAUGUUUCUGUUGUGUCCUCUAAUCUGUGAUACUGUAGCAUGACACCUGAUGUUGUAAUGUAUUUCUGGUGUUGUUACCCUUAAUUGCUACCUAGGGUGGUGUCUGCUAGGAUUUUCUACUGUACAAUUCCUAUGUUUUCCUUAAUAACUAAAUAUUUGAUGGAGAUGCUUUGAGACUAUGCAAAUGUCCUGUUUCUGUAAGCAGAAAUCAUUUUUGUAUCCAUUAGCAUAUCUUGCUGUGUCAGUUACUACUGUGAUGUUCUAAUGGUGAUUUUCUAUUUCUUUCAUUUCUUGUACAGUUAUUAAUUGGAAUUCUCUAAGAAAAGGCUAUUGCUUCUGGAUUUAUAUUUUCAAUUAUAGUAAGAUAUUUAAGAUCAGUACACUUUCAGAGCUUAAAGAAGUAAACCAUGUUAAAAUGAUUCCAAAUGCCAGUAUAAAAGGAAAACUUAAGUUGGUAAUCUGUUUCAGAAAAUAAUGGAUUUUAAGAAGAAAAAUAGUAUUUAUGAUUUGUGGAUUUGGUGAGUUUUUUUUUCUUAAAAAGCUUUAUUAUUUACUUAUGCAUACAAGAACUGGGGUACAGGCCAGAGGUGCAGGGGGUGAGAGGAUUCACAAGAGACAGAGUGGGGAACAGAACAGGCAGACUGACUGAAAUACAUUGCUGAGGGGAGCGGCAGGCAAGUCAGGCGAGGUCUGCUGUGCCAUGUGGGUUGCUCCCUGGCCUGGGGAUCUUACUCGUGCUGCAAAGGCUGUGGAUAGCUUCAUAAUGCUGUGCUUAACCCCUUGCACCACCAGGGAGGCCCUGGAUUUGGUUUUUGCUUUAACAUUGACACCAGACUGAGUAAUUACAGCGUUUUCUUGAAAUUUCAAAUAAAAACUUUUAAAAAGUAUACCUUAAUUUAUAUGACUUUGGGGGUAAUAUUUGUAAAAAUCUAGAAUAAAAUUGUCCAGACUUGGCAUGUUAUAUAUAAUUAUCUUUAUAAUUAGCCACUAUUGUUCCAAAUAUAAAUGUCACUAUAAAUAUUUAGACACAUAGCCCUAAUGAAGUAUCUGGAGGAUGGGUUAUAUUUGUGUUAAUAUUAAAUCAAAAACCUUGUGUCUACUCUUAAAUAAUUUCAAAUAUAGGGUUUUGAAAAAAGCUGUUUAGUUGGGUAAUAUAAUGCCAUUAAAGCUAGGCCAAUUAAAAAAUAGAUGAGGAAUAUAGAUAAAAAUGGCAUUAAAAUGGUAUGGGGGAGAUGGAUAUUUGAUAACUGGAGGGUUUAUGUUCUAAAAUAACAAGUUUAUUAGGAAAAAAGAUUCUUGUAGUCAUAAGAGGGCAGAAAGAGCUACCUCUGCUGCUUUGCAAAGAGAAAAGGUGAAACACCUGCAUAGUCACAGGUGGGCAGGAGAGCUACCGAAAACUGGAGUUUUUCAUCUUUUUUUAAAAAUUGUGAAUUUAGGGCCUCCCUGGUUGCGCAGUGUGUUGAACACAGGGCUGUGAAGCUGUCCACAGCCUCUGCAGCACGGGUUCGAUUCCCAGCCAGCCAGGGAGAUACCCACAUGGCGUGGCAGACCUCUCCUGUCUCCCCCACUGCUCCCCUCAGCAGUGUUUUCGGUCCCUCUGCCUGUUCUGGUCCCCGCUCUGUCUCUGGUGAGUUCUCUCACCCUCCCGCGCCUUUGUACGCCAGUUCUUGUAUAAAUAAAUAAAUCUUUAAAAUGUGAAUUUAAAGACUCAGAUCAGGGCCUCCCCGGUGGCGCAGCGGUUGAGCGCUGGGUUGCGAAGCUGCCCGCAGCCUCUGCAGCGCCGGUUCGAUCCCCGCUGCUCCCCAGCCACCGGAGGAGGGUCCCACACAGCGCGCAGGCCUCUCCUGCCGCCCGCUGCUCCCCUCAGCAGUGUACUUCGGUCCUUCUGCCUGCUCUGCAUCCCGCUCUGGUGAAUUCUCUCACCCUCCCGCGCUUCUGACUGUACCCAGUGCUUAUAUAAAUUAAUUAAUUAAUUAAUUAAUUGAAAAAUUAAAAAAAAAAAUAAAAAAAAAGAUAAAGACUCAGAUCAUCCUAUGGAAGUUUUGAGUUUAAAGAGUCAAUUCUCUGAGAAGCAUUCAUUCUUCUAUUGCCAGUUUUCCUUGUAUAAGAGCAACUUUGCAUUGAGUGGAAAAAAUUUAUCUCCACAUUUUUAACAGAAUUGCAUUGCCUCUUGACUUGUCAGUUUUAGGUUAUUUCUACUCAUAUUGUAUUAUAGAGGAUGAGGAUUUUGGUUUAUCUGCUAAUACACACAUCUCAGUUCCUUAUCCACCUAACUACUUAAUCUAGUCAGACAGCAUUUCUGUUAUACGUGAUUAUGACUGUAAAUGCUGGCCAGCUAUCAUGCAGUUAAUGGUGAUUACUUUGCCUUUCCUGAACAAAUUUUCAUGGAAUUAAUUGUUUAUGAACUCAAACCUUCCAUGAUUUGUCUAAAUUUUCUCAAGAUAUUCAGACAUAAAUUUUACCAAUUUCAAAUUCCUGAAGAAGAAGACUAUCUUAGAAUCUUCUGAUUGGAGAACUGAUAUGAUCUUGGUGCAUACUCUAUCAUUGUGGGGUCUUUAUCCUGGGGAUUCUUUUCACAUUUCUUGUUGGUUUCUUGUUUUUUGUAGCCUGUGUCUUUUUCUUUUGUUUAUUCCUUCCUUUUGGUAGUAGAACAUGUUUUCCAGUAGCUCACUAGGAAAGGGUGCAUGGGAAAUAAUUUUUUUCUACAUCUUAUGUAUUUAAAUGUGUUUUCUUGAUCAUUGACAUAAAACCUGAUUUUUCUCUUUGCAAAUUGUAGGAUAUUUUUGUCCCUUCUGCUCUAAAAUUUACUGGCUGUGACUGGUUAAACUAUUAAAAAUGUUUUUGAACAUUUUGCUGGGCACAUUUCAUUCUGGAAACUCAUACCCUUAACUCCUAUGAAAUUAUCUUGAUUCUUGUAUUCUAGUCUUGAUUCCUAUUCCAGUCUGUUAACUCUUUUUAACUCUUUCCAGAAUUCUUGUUAUUUCUAUUAUUGACCUUCUAAAUGGAAUCUUUACUUUUCCCUCAUUUUCAUAUUUUGCCUUUAGUUUGCCUGUACUUUGUGGGAGAUUGACUUUUUUUUAUUUUCCAACUCUUCUUUGAAUCUUACAUUUGUCCUAUCAUAAUUUUAAAUAUUCUUUGUUUCUUCUGGGAUUCUGCUCUUGUUUAUGGAUGUAGCACUUUAUAUCUCUGAGAAUUUUAAUGAUGAUUUCUUGUAUAAUAACAGAUUUCUCUAACAUUGCUUUUUCUUUCUUUCUUGAUCUCUUAGUCUAUUCUUGGAUAUGCUUUCUUACUGUUGUGUUAUAUACUAGAGUCUCAUUGUUUUUAGAAAAUGCUUUCUGGCUAUUUUUUUCCACAAUCUUUCUUGGAAUGGAAUAGCUAUUUUAACUCUGAAAUUUGGAAGGGUAAAUUUUCUGGAUAGCUUUCUUCCUCAUCUGAAAGCCAGGAGUGUUUUGUACUUUUUAUAAUUUAUCUCACUGUGACAGUCUCACAAAUGUACAAAAUGAAGCAGAGGAGGUGCCAGCUGCUGAAAGUAAGGAUUUAGUGGCUUCACAUUUUCUCUCAGCCAACCCUUAAAUGUCUUUUUUUUUUUUUUGAAGAUUUAUUGAUUUAUGCAUGCAAGAGCCGGGUGCAGGCCAAAGAUGCAGGGGUGGGGGAUGUGAGAGGAUUCACCAGAGACAGAGUGGGGAGUAGAAUAGGCAGAUGUACUGAAAUACACUGCUGAGGGGAGCAGAGGGCGAGACAGGAGAGGUCCGCUGUGCCAUGUGGGUCACCUCCCUGGCUGGGGAUCAAACUCAUGCUGCAGUUGCUGUGGAUUGCUUCAUAGUGCUGUGUGUCUUAACCCUUGCACAACCAGGGAGGUCCCUAAAUGUCUAUUUUGCAAUAUGUUUCAUUUUGGAGGGCUAAUACCAAGAGUAAUAUUGCCAAAUAAAGUAUAGGACUCCCAGUUAAAUUUGAUUUUCAGAUAAACAAUAGGUCAUUUUUUAUUACAAGUGCUUCAAAUAUUGCAUAGGACAUACAGGUACUAAAGAUGAUUGUUUUUCUGAAACACAAAUUUAACUGGGAGGACUAAAGUUCUUUAAGUUUUGAGGUAAUUGUAAUUCAUAUUUAAUUUUAAGAAACAGUGCAGAGUUUUUGCUUAUUGCAAUGUCACAAUGAGGAUACUGACAUUGAACCAAUUGAGAUACAGGAAAAUUCCAUUACCACAGUUAUCCCUUCUUUUGAACUUUCAUUUCCACAUUUACUUCUUUCCUACCAUACUAGCCUGCAAUCACUAAUCUGUUCUACAUUUCUGAAUUUUGUCCUUAUAAGAAUGUUAUAUAAGUAGAAUUAUACAGUAUGCAACCUUUAGAGAUUUUUUUUUUUCACACUUAGCAUAAUUCUCAAGAUUCAGCAGAGUUGUUUCCUGUAUCAAUAGAUUUGUUUUCCUUUUUGCUGAGUAGUAGUCUAUGGUAUGGAUGUACAACAAUUUAACUAUUCACCUGUUGAAAGACGUCUGGUUUCCAGUUUUUGGCUAUUAUGAUGAAUAAAGCUGCUAUGUACAUUCAUGUAUAGGUUUUUGUGUGGACAUAGUUUUCAUUUCUUUGGGAUCAAUCCCAGAAGUGCAGUUAUGGGUCAUUUAUGGUAAUUGCAUGUUUAAUUUUUUAGGAACCCCCCCAAACCUUUUUAGAGUAACUAUACCAUUUUACAUUCCUCCUAGCAAUGUGUGAGUUUCUUGGCAUCCUAUCAGUAUUUGGUAUUGUCAUUAUAUUUUAACCAUUCUGACAGCUGUGUAGUGAUAUGUGGUGGUUUAAUUUAUAUUUCCAUAGUAGUUAAUGGUGUUGAACACCUUUAAUAUGCUUAUUUGCUGUCUGUAUAUUUUCUUCUGUUAAAUGUCUGUGCAUGUUUUCUAACUGGACUUAUUUUUAAUAAACUUAUUUUAGAUU